UACGAUAUUCUGCACAUAAACAUGACAUAAUUUUGCGCGGGCUGCAUCUUUGCAACACAAGGUCACGGGCGCAGCGCGUCAAUACACCUUUUUUAAUCAAGAACCAGGAUUUGAAGGAAAAGUAACGAAAAUGUCGAAGAGAUCGGCUGACAGCGGGGACUCGGGCUCCCAGCCUCCCAUCAAAAAGGUCCAAUUCGAGCCAAUACUCAUUGGACCUAUAUCGACUCUCGAAGAGAUGGAUAUGAAGGUUCUGCAAUUUCAGAAUAAGAAAUUGGCUCAGAGAUUGGAGCAACGACAUCGUGUAGAAGUAGAGUUAAGGCAAAGGAUAGAACAAUUAGAGAAACGACAAACUCAGGACGAUGCAGUACUAAACGUAGUUAAUCGCUAUUGGAAUCAACUUAAUGAAGAUAUUCGUGUGCUACUUCAAAGAUUUGAUGCAGAAACGGCUGAUGAAUCUGAAAAUAAAAAUGAAAGCGAAGCAACGACCUCUUUCCUUAUGCAGUUAUCUUCAUGGGAUAAAGAGGAAUUGGACGACAAGCUUGCUAAUCGCGUUCAAGUUUCUAAACGCGCCGUUUCAAAAGUUGUGCAAGCCUUCGAUAGACUGUCCCAGAGGAAUGAAAAAAUAACGCUCGCUCUCAAAGGAGAAUUUGAUGGUGAAGAGGCGCCAAACAUUGAUGAAGUGGUGAAGAAAGCUAACGGUGAAAUUCAAAUGGAAAAUAGAAACUUACAAGCAAUUAACAUUCAAUUGCAUGAAAAGUAUCACACUAUCUCAUUGAAAAUGUCCGAAUUGCAAGAUACCAUUACUGGUAAAGAUACGCUGGCUGCUGAACUUCGCAAUCAAGUGGAUGAUUUGCAGUAUGAGCUUAAUAAAGUGCGGGCAAGAAACGAUAAAUUAGAGCAUCAUCUUGGCGAAGCUAUUGAGAAAUUGAAAGCAUUUCAACAAAUUCAUGGCUCGGACGACAAAGGAACUAAUAAGCCAAGUACUUUGGUCGCAACCGGCGUAUCACAAACUAAGUUGGAAGAUUUACAACGGGAAAUUGAAGAGACUCGCGAAUUGGCUAAUAAUAGAUUACAAGAGUUAGAUAAAUUACACCAACAACAUCGCGACGCAUUAAAAGAAGUAGAGAAAUUAAAAAUGGAUAUUCGUCAACUACCGGAAUCAGUUAUUGUUGAAACAACCGAGUACAAAUGUUUACAGUCUCAAUUUUCCGUUUUAUAUAAUGAAUCCAUGCAGUUGAAAACGCAAUUGGAUGAGGCUAGACAGCAACUUCAAUCCAGUAAAAAUGCUCACUUACGUCAUAUAGAAAUGAUGGAAAGCGAGGAAUUAAUGGCGCAAAAAAAACUACGAGGCGAGUGUAUACAAUUAGAAGAUGUGUUAGCUCAAUUGAGAAAGGAAUAUGAAAUGUUACGCAUUGAAUUUGAACAAAAUUUGGCAGCGAACGAACAGACUGGCCCUAUUAAUAGAGAAAUGAGACAUCUCAUCACUUCGCUACAAAAUCACAAUCAACAGCUCAAAGGCGAAGUUCACAGAUACAAACGAAAAUAUAAAGAAGUUUCUUCCGAGGUUCCAAGAUUGAAAAAAGAGGUGGAAGAAUUGACAACAAAACUUGGUCAGCAAAUGACGCAGGAAAAUAAGGAAGGCAAUAAUUCCGAUGGAAGUGGAAAGGAAGAAGAUGCUUCAAAUUCUCUACCAGGAUCUGGGCAGGUCAAAGAAGAAGGUGGACUACCAAUAAAAAGAGAGGGAGCGGAUGAAGAAACUGAAACUGAAUCGGGAGAAGGGGACAACAAAGGUACUCCGGACUCUCAUGCACUUGCAUCUCCAACUCUUAAGAAAGAAAAGGAUAUAAAGAGAGAGAAAGAUAUUAAGAAAGAAACGGUUAAAACAGAGCAUCGCGAUCAGACACAUCGUGCUAAGGAUGCCAAAGUUGCAGAAUCAGAAUUAGUAAGAGAUCUAAAGGCCCAGCUAAAAAAAGCCGUGAAUGAAAUGAAGGAAAUGAAAUUACUCUUAGACAUGUAUAAGGGUCUUGGAAAGGAACAGCGCGACAAAGCUCAACUUAUGGCUGCUGAACGUAAAACCAGAGCUGAACUAGAAGAAUUAAAACAGCAAAUUAAAAAGAUACAAGUAUUUAUCUUUCAGGAAAGCAAACGCGAAGAGCGAAAGAAAUUAGCAGACGAAGAUGCGCAGAUCAAAAUUAAAAAGCUGGAGGAGCAAGCUUAUUCGCUACAAAGACAGGUCGCUACCCAAAAACAGAACUGUGCAUGGUUGCAGGAGGAAGAAGCUCUUUUGAACGAGAUGGAGGUGACAGGGCAGGCCUUCGAGGAUAUGCAGGAGCAGAAUUCGAGAUUAAUUCAACAGUUGCGCGAAAAAGACGAUGCCAACUUUAAAUUAAUGACAGAGAGAAUUAAAAGUAAUCAACUCCAUAAGCUCGCGAGAGAAGAAAAGGACGUUCUGAAGGAACAAGUCUCAACGUUAACAACCCAAGUCGAAGCUGCUAAUGUCGUCGUAAGGAAAUUGGAGGAAAAAGAACGAUUGCUUCAAAAUUCAUUGGCUACAGUUGAAAAGGAACUUGCAUUGCGACAACAAGCGAUGGAAAUGCAUAAGCGAAAGGCCAUCGAGAGUGCACAGUCGGCUGCUGAUCUAAAACUUCAUCUCGAAAAAUACCAUUCGCAAAUGAAGGAAGCUCAACAAGUUGUCGCUGAGAAAACAAGUUCUUUGGAGGCCGAAGCGUAUAAAACAAAACGAUUGCAAGAGGAAAUAGCGCAGCUUAGACGCAAAGUAGAAAGAAUGAAGAAGAUCGAACUCGCGGAAACUGUUGACGAAGUUAUGGCGGAGGAACUUCGCGAAUAUAAGGAGACAUUGACAUGCCCAUCCUGCAAAGUUAAGCGAAAAGACGCCGUUCUUACAAAGUGUUUCCACGUUUUUUGUUGGGACUGCUUGCGUACUCGAUACGAGACUCGACAACGAAAGUGUCCAAAGUGCAAUUGCGCAUUCGGAGCUAAUGAUUACCAUCGGCUUUACUUAUCUACCUGAAGGAAGAAGCAUUAAUUUAUUUCAAGAUAAAAAAAUAUUUUUCGUCGGCAAUGACAACAGCGUUACUCGACA